CGGGGAGGCGAGGCUCCGCCCCCGCCAUGGCCGCUGCCCGCCGCCGGGACUAAGUGGCUGCCGGGUUACUAGUCUCCUCGGUCCAUCCCGCACUGCUGGGUCCGCCGGCCGGUGGCGCAUGGGUCUCCUUCGAGGCUGGCCCCCAUGUUCCCGGGCCAUGGCGCGACUAGGCGCUGUGCGAUCCCACUACUGUGCUUUGCUGCUAGCCGCGGCGCUUGCUGUCUGUGCCUUCUACUACCUCGGCUCGGGCCGGGAGACCUUCUCCAGCGCCACCAAGAGGCUGAAGGAGGCCCGCCUUGGGGCCCCCGCCGCGCCCUCGCCGCCCGCGCCAGAGGUGGCGCGGGGCUCUGUGGCACCGGCCCCGGGCGCCAAGGCCAAGAGCCUGGACGGCGGCGGGACUGGGCCGGUGGACUACCACCUGCUAAUGAUGUUCACCAAGGCGGAACACAAUGCGGCGCUGCAGGCCAAGGCCCGCGUCGCGCUCCGUUCUCUGCUGCGCCUCGCCAAGUUCGAGGCGCACGAGGUGCUUAAUAUGCACUUCGUGAGCGAGGAGGCCAGCCGCGAGGUGGCCAAGGCCUUGCUGCGGGAGCUGCUGCCGCCCGCCGCCGGUUUCAAGUGCAAGGUCGUCUUCCAUGAUGUUGGUGUGCUGACGGACAAGCUCUUCCCUGUCGUGGAGGCCAUGCAGAAGCACUUCAGCGCCGGCUCAGGAACUUACUACAGCGACUCCAUCUUCUUCCUCUCGGUUGCCAUGCAUCAGAUCAUGCCCAAAGAGAUCCUGCAGAUAAUUCAGCUGGACCUAGACCUAAAGUAUAAGACCAACAUCCGGGAAUUGUUUGAGGAGUUUGACAGUUUCCUGCCAGGCGCCGUCAUUGGCAUAGCAAGAGAGAUGCAGCCAGUGUACAGGCUGCAUCUGCUGGCAAAGAUGUUUAAGGUGGCAUCUAAUAAAGGAGAUAAAGGCAAUGUCAAAAUAAGAAAAAGAGAAAAGAGUUUUUUAAAUGUAAGAAGAGGAAGUAAAAAGCACACAUUCUGGCAGUUUCGCCAUGAGAACCCCAAGACCCGGGUUGGGGGCCCUCCCCCUGAAGGGCUCCCUGGCUUUAACAGUGGGGUGAUGCUUCUGAACCUGGAGGCCAUGCGCCAGUCCCCGCUUUACAGCCGCCUGCUGGAGCCGGCGCAGGUGGAGCGGCUGGCUGACAAGUACCACUUCCGCGGCCACCUUGGGGACCAGGACUUCUUCACCAUGAUCGGCAUGGAGCAUCCCGAGCUCUUCCAUGUCCUGGACUGCACCUGGAACCGGCAGCUUUGCACCUGGUGGAGGGACCAUGGCUACAGUGACGUCUUUGAGGCCUACUUCCAGUGUGAGGGUCACGUCAGGAUCUACCAUGGGAACUGCAACACCCCUAUCCCAGAGGUCUAGGCACAUCCUCACCUGCCAGGCCUCGGGUCUCCGGAUCGGCGAAAAGGAAAGUGGCGCCUCUGAGACAGGCCCAGGCGGUGUCUGGGCCCCUAGAGAAACACUGUGGGGAUGUCCUUUGUGAUCAGCUCUCCCACCCUGUGGGUCACCAUCCUGAGGUGCCCAGUGAGGACUGGCCUGCACACUGCUGGUCCUCGGGGCCUCUUCCCUCCAGGGAACCAGGCCUCAUGAGGGGCAGACAUCUUCCAAUGGGCUAGGAAGCAAGUUUGAAGAGAAGGAAGGGAAGAAAACUGCCCCUUGCCUUCAGACCGCAGAGAAUGGAAAUCCUCUUAUGAGCCAGCCUUUCUUGGACCAAAUAUAAAUUUAUUUUAAAUUCACAGGCUUCCAUUUUGCAAGAAAACAAUGUGAACCUUCCACCUGCACACCCCACAAGGCUCUGCGCUCGUUCCCACGAUGCCUACAUUGUGUGGGUAUAAAGGCCACCACUUCUCUGGAGAAGGUCUUUAGGGCCAGCAGUGGCCCACAUGACACAUUAUUUUAGCCUUUAUAGUUUUUAUCUCCCAACAGCAUCACAGAACCUCAUCCAAGCCAGCUUCAGGUGACUAGACUGUGCUCAGAAAUCGAAUCUGCCAUGAAAGAACUGAGAUUGGCUGCCUCCAAGACAGGCUGUAGAGUUGUCUGGACUAAGAAGACUCAUUGCAAAGAGGAACCUAGCAGUUCAUGAGUGUCACCAUGUGGCUUAGAAUGGGUGUUGCCCUUAGACUUAUAAACAAUCCAGUCUCUUGGUUUAAAAAAUCUUCCUGUGAGUUUCUUACUGCAUCAUGUCAGACUGUAUAGCUCAGAAGAAAUUAGGGUAUCGUUUCUUUAUUUCUUCUUUUAAUGAGUUCUCUUUUGAGUAAGCUGCAAACAUGAAGUGGUCAUUUUGCAUAGUCCAGAUGAAAUCCCUGAGGAACAAUUGGAUUUUUAUCUUAUUUUAUUUCAAUUUCAUUUGCUUUUUUAUUUCUUUUUAGCAGGAGUGAGAAUAGCUACUAAAUACUCUUUGAGAACACAAUGAUUUACGUUGUUUGUUCUCUGAUCAGUUUUCCAUCACUAUGAAAAUUCUGAAUCACUAGUGUAAUCGAUGUUGUUCAGAGUUCCCCCUCCACAUGAUUAGGCUAAGGCAUGGGCACAGUGGGUCUCUGAGAACUAAGGGGGAACAUGCCUGAAGGGGCAGUGCGGAGGUUAGUAAUGUUAUAUUCAAGUCAAAUAGAGAAUCAUUUCUUUCUAGGUAUUGGCAGGCCCCUCUGCUCCCAGGAGCAAAACCUACCCCAUCACUUCCGGUCCUCCUUACCCCAAACUGUCUGUGCCUGUCAUCCCCUGACGAAAUGGAGCACAUUUGUCUCUUCUGGGCUCUGACAGAAUGGGCCUGUUCUCUUAGGUACUUGAUUUCCUAUUUAUAGUUACUAAUUAUUGGAUGCCUGCUGUGUGCCAAGCAUUGUAUUAGGGGAUUUAUAUACACUUGAUAAUGCUCAUGGAAACUUCAUGAAGAUAAUUCAAAUUCUAAAAUUUAUUGUAAUAAUGAGAGAUGUGAACAGAGAGUCAUUAUUUAUCAUAGCAUUUUUUAUAAUAGAAAAAAAUUGGGAGCAACUUAAAAUGUUGAGGGGAGUGGAAAAAUGUUACAUCCAUUUAGAAUAAUGGAAUAAUUUAGGCAUUAAAAUAAUAGUUUUAAAGAAUAAUGCCUUGGGAAAUGCUUACAAUGUGCUAUUAAAUAAAGAUUUCAAAAUAUAAGAUUAUAUGUACAGUACAAUCCUAAUUUCAUUUUUUAAAUUACAUAUAUAUGUGUAUAUGCACAUCAGUAAAAAGAGAACCUGUUCUGCUAUAUUUCAUUAGUUCAACUCCUAAAAAACCAUGUGUUUCAAACACUGCAUUAAAAAAAAAAAACACAAUCAUUUCGAUGGAGAAAAGUAGAUAAAAUGCUGGAGAAUUUUAGACUCACAAUAACAAAGGUAUUUUUUCCUGCAUUAAUUUCAAUAAUUAAAGUAGUUCUAUAGCUAUGAGCAUCUCUUUAUUGCAAGGAAAAAACAUAAACUGGUUGAUCAAAAUGGGCAAAAGCCAAACUUUGCUCACUUUUGAAAUCCCCACUCAGGAGCGCCCCUGUUCUGUCAUCAGUAUCCUUGGCCUUACAGCUCCCUGGUGAACAUCAACAUGAUACAAAACAGGAAAUCCAGCCAGACCCGCACGGCACCGUGUGCUCCUGGGCUUCACCACAAGCGGCUCUCUGACAAAUUUUGGAGGCUGAUUCUUGAUGGGAAUCCUGCUUUCACCAAAGCAAUACAAACAUAAUUGUGUUGUGUUUAACUUUCCUUUUGAAGGAAAUGAGUAGAGCAGAAGUCUAAAAGAGAACAUUUCUGGGUACUAAGAUUAAGGUGCUUUUUAUCUUCAUGUACAUUAAUUUUAUAUUUUCCAUUGUAAAUACAAAUGAGUUUUGUAGUAAAGAUAAUAAAUGCCAUGAAAUGCUAGCCACCAGCCUUCCCUCCUGUUGUAAGCAAGCAUCAGCGUAGCCACUUUACAGCUCACUGUUGGUUGUAUUUACUGUCUGUCUCCCAUAGGAAAACAUACUCUUGGCUAAGUAGGCUCUGGAUUUUCAACUUUCCCUAUGGAUGCCCUAGUUCUCUAAUUAAUAGUGACCUAAUAA